AUGGCUCUCAUGUUAGCCCCUUACAAUGAAGCCAUGCGUAUAGGCAUGGGCUUCAACAGCUAUACCCAGCAGCUGUGCCUCAACGACGUGGUUCGCAAGGCUGGUGGAGUCAAAGCAACAGAGAAAGACCUGCAUACACAGGUCCCACAGGUGACUUCUGGCAAUAAGGAUGAUGGCUACAUGGAGAACCAAAAAGGCGAGCUUGUCCGCCGCUCAAAGAUGGUAGAUGGCCAGAAGGAAGUCAGCCAGGUGGUCAGUUGGGAGGCCGGGUUUGUGGACAACAUCAGCGAAGUUACUGAGAAGCUGAACAUCAAAGGUGCGCUGCAAAUAACUUGUGAUGCAAUUGGUGGUGGAGCAGGUGCCGAGGCGAGUUAUGUCAACAAUUCUGGCUUCGCCAAGGCCGAUGUCAAGUACGACAUCACGGUCAAAGUGACCAACGAACGUCGGAUCGCAGAUGAUGUGGUUGAGUUCUGUCCCUUGCCCCAUGCGCCAGAAGGGAAGUUCACCGAGCUCUAUGGAGACUGCUUCAUUUCAGGCUUCAUCGAAGGCGGGGUAUUCCAUGCUCUGGUCACCAAAACCAAGGAAGAGAAGUCAGCUCUCAAGCGUAUGGAGGGUGAAAUGAAGAUCGAGGCGUCUCUUGCUAGAGGUGCAGUCAAAGUGGAAGGAAGUGGUGGUGGAGGCAAGUCAGAUGAAACAAAAGAAGAGCAUUAUAGCACACAGAUUAGCGUUAACUGGUCUGGUGGUGGUGAUAUCAAGUCCGAUGGAAUCGUGGAAUGGGAUGUCAAGAACUUAAUGCAAGUGGCCAUGGAGUUCCCCGACAAUGUGGCUUCCUGCCCCCAGAGAACUUUUGCCAUUUUGACUAAGUACACUGCCUUGCGCAGCUAUCACGAGCAAACUACUCUUGGAUCCCCUCUGGACUAUGAGAAUGCUGGAAUUUACACUGGAGGACUAUUGGAUGCCUAUGCGGAAUACAAAACUCUCUGGAAGGACAUCCAUCAAACCAUCAGUGAUGUCAACAGCAGAAACGCCAGCGCCAGGCCUAGAGAGGUUGUGCCUGGUAUGAAGGCAUAUGCCGAGAGUUUUGAUGCAGACUACAAAGAGCGACUCACCCAGUACAAUGGAGUUGUGAAAACGAUUGAAGCUAACCGCGAAGCAUACAAAGGCGUUACUGUGGAGAAGCCAUUGCCCCCCAACGAGGUAGUCCCCUAUCGGGGGGAUUUGUUCGAUCUCGACAAAGCGCGUAGAGACUGCAGAUUUGAGAUGAUUAAGAUCGUCCGCGAGGUGAAUGAAGUGACUGUUAACCCGCAAAUCGCUACUGAUCCAAACCGCAAUUGGCGCUAUCUGAGCCCUAACAUCUUCAAGUUGCUGGUCCCGACUACAGCACCACCAGUGAAAACCAAGAACGAGGAAGAUCUUGAAGCAAGCAAGCUGCUGCUGGAGCAGGAGCUUAAUGCUGCAAGGGAAGAGAAUUCAAAGCUCAUGACCCAGCAACAGGAGAGCAGCUCCAAGAAUGAGUCAGUGCAGGCUGAGCAGGGCAAAACCCACCAGGACCAACUGGAUCAGGCCAAGAAGGACCUUGAAGCUUUCAAAGCCGAGGUUGAAGCCCAGAAGGCAGAGCGCGAGAAUGCCCAUCGCGCCGAGCUUACGGCUAUCAAAGCAGAGGCUGAAGCUCAAAAGUCCCAGCAUGACAACGCUCAUCGGGCAGAGGUCGAUGCACUUAAGACAGAGUCUGAGAAUCAGAAAGCACAACGCGACAAUGCCCAUCGUUCGGAGCUUCAAUCGGCCCACGACGAGUUGAAUCGCAUGAGACCCAAGGUUCUCGAGGAGAUCAAUGGUGAAGUGGCUCAAAUUCUUGUUGUCACAUAUGGCGGCAUGGUAUUCUACGAUCAAGGCACUCCUGACCAGUUUGGUGUUGUGCCUAAGUUCCUCGGUGCUAUACACAACCAAGGUCAGUUUCGCAUUGAAAACGGUAUUUUCACCCAUGACCCCAAUCAUGGAAUUCAGAAAUUCAUGUGUAUCAUCUACCGCUACAACAAGCCGGGGCAGUCUACUAGACUCCGUACCUUGGUUGGAGAGGAAGGGAAGGUUGUGCAAUUCGAUCGCUGGUAG